UAUAUGCAUAUGGUACGGGUUCCCUGUUUUCUUGUGUUCCCGCACGUCCUUGGCUUUGGACGCUCAUGGUACCAGCAAGGCUUCCUCUUUGCGCCACAAAGGCAUCGACAACCGACGACCAUGACGGCGUCACAAACCGGUGGACGUAACAUCAACUUGUACCAGGACUGUACCCAGCUCGCAACACAACCGGUUUCAAGACAAGAGAGACACAUACCACCAUGCCUCCUCAGAUUCGACACGAAGCGGACGUCAAGCCUGAUGACCUGGCUAUCAGCAGCAUCAACAACAAUGGAGUCAUUGGCACUCCUUCCGCGGGCUGGCAAACAACGAUUGGGGUUGUCCCCGAACAGCUUCAUUCCCUACUCCACUCCUAUGGAAUCACGGGACGAAAAAAGACGGCAUUGUUGGUUGGUUUGUCCGUCCUAUUGUCGAUUCUGACGCUGGUGGUUGUCAUGUAUAUUUUCCAUCGCGGUUUCCGACGGACAUGUCAGUUUUGGAGUCGGGCGCUUCCUUGGAUUGUGGAGUAUCAUUGUAUCAAGUUCCACUCGCACUAUAUUGUUGGUCGCAACGAAACUGAGUGGGAAAAAAUUCAACAUGACUACCACGCUCUGACGGCUCCUAAGGCAGUCCUGAUGGUACAAGAAUUUGGGGGAGUCUACGUCAAAUUGGGACAAGCUCUUUCCACAAUGGGGUCUGGUCUCUUACCCGAAGAAUAUGUACAAGCCUUGCGUCCUUUGCAAGAUGGAGUAGCUCCUCGUGACUACAAGACCAUUUCCGCAAUUAUAGAGAAAAGCACCGGUCAGAAAAUGGCUGACAUUUUUGAAUCCUUUGAAGAAACUCCUAUUGGGGCUGCGACCAUUGGUCAGGCACAUCGAGCAGUCCUGAAACAACCAAAAUCUUCUUCACCAACUCAACAAAAGCAAGUGAUCGUCAAGGUGCAGUAUCCAGAGGUAGCUGCACUGUUUGAUGCUGACUUUCGCAAUUUGGAAUGGCUCGUCAUGUUGAUCAUGCCACAUCGGAGUCAUGAUCAACUGAGGAAUGCACGCAAACGACACGAAUUGGAAAUGGACUUUCGGCAAGAAGCCACCAAUCUACGAGAGUGUGCGGCCAAUAUGCAACGGCAUGGUCUAGAACCCUCUCAGGUCCGUAUCCCCAGAGUCAUUGAUGAGCAAAGUCUUUGCACCAAAGAGGUUCUCGUCAUGGAAUACUUGAAGGGAGUGUCGCUGCGAGACGUCAUGGAAGAGGAACAGGACCGGAUUGCACGGGCUUUGGGGAAGCAAAACGCCGAAGAACUACGCUAUAUGAUUGCCAAACAAAUCAAGGAACACUUUGAACGGGGAGGUGGUGAUGCUCGUGGUGGCAGCCAAAUGAAGCUACUAUUGGGAGGGGCAAAUCGUGGCCGAAUGGCACGAGUAUGGAAUGCGUUGGGACCCUUUGCGGUUCACGGUCUUCGACGGUAUGCUCGAGUGCGUGAUCAAGUGACGAGAUUUGUGGCGAGAAUAAACAGACGAUCCAACAGCUUGACCAUUCGCAGCAGCAACAACGACAAGCCAAACAAGGCUCGCACUCGUCAUGUGAACCUUGGCAAGGCACUGAAAACUCUGAUUCAUGUCCAUGCCGUGCAAGUCAUGCAAGAUGGUGUCUACAAUCAAGAUCCUCAUCCUGGAAAUGUAUUGAUAUUAGAGGAUGGACGGUUAGGUCUCCUGGACUAUGGCAUGGUAGGCCGACUCUCAGACAAGGAACGCCAGAAUGUCGCUGAAACGGUUCUAGCCCUAGCCAACAACGAUCCACAGGAAGUGGCACGUGUUUAUCUAAGGGAGGGCUACCAUGUUACCUGGAAAGGAGAACGGGUUACCGACCCCAACAUUUUGCAUCGCCUAUCGUCAACUCAUCUAGACAAGGUGGACCUAACUCCCAUCACGGUGACUGACAACGCGGGAGGAAUGACGAAUGUCCCCAAAACGAUGGAAAUUCAAGACUUGUUCGUGUCAUUGGAUGUGCAUCAUGUCCCCGAUUGGCUAGUGCAGACCAGACGAGUGGGUAGGUUGAUGAUGGGUGUUUCCGCUCAAGCCGCACGGCCCAUCUCGCUAGCGAACGAGUGGCGACCAGUGGCCAAGCUAGCAGUUCAAGAGGCUUCUACAAAACCGUCCCUUACGGUUUGAGCUACUUUCUCACCAAGGGCUAGCAAGCUACCGGUAGCAGGUAGUGGCUACUACAGAUGCUAUGACAUGAGCCCAAGCUGCUCCCAUACAGUAAAUGGAACCAUACUUCAUGAAGUCCGUAGAGGUACAGGCUUGCUUCCCCUUUAGUACCCGGCAACUGCUGCAGCGGCUACCGGUAGCUCAACAACUCAGAAAGAUAUCCUUGAGCGGGCCAAAUCUCCACCGUGUCGUAUCUAUGACGAUCUACAAAACACCUUCUCAGUUUUUUGUCACAAACCAAGCAAGUCUUUGUGUGGAAACCGGGAAUGCUCUGCAGUCAUUUUGAAGAGCUCUUCAGGAAGACAGCUUUAGUUGGAAUAGUAAUUGAGGUAAAUAUAGGGUUAAAGUUAUAAUGCUCUCUGACAAUUGAUAUAUAAGUCUUUUUUUACCAUAUCUACCUGAGAAAUAAAGUCAUUCAUUUUUGCUUGGUUUCGAGGCAUCCAAGAACAAUGAGUCAUUAGAAGGUCAAAAAACUUGAUCGCGGUUUUGGAAUGACCUCCAAAAAUCUGGUUAGCCACAAAUUCAGCAUCCGUUAUUUUUUCAUCCAACCUCUCACAACAACCAAGAUGAGCACCAUGAAGAAGAUCCUGUUUGCUGCCCUGCUUGCCGCCAUCAUGGCCACAGCAAACGCUGGCAGUGUAAGAGGGCGAUACGUAUGGAAGAAGUUGACGUCAACGUCGGGGCAAUCGAGUUUGACGAUGGGAAUCCAUGUCCCGAAGUAGACAACGUUACUAUGCGAGAUGACAAUGCAUCUCAGAUGAGGACGGAUACAAGGAGCCAUUUUUUGUUCCAUUGGUAGCAUACUUCACCACAGACUCGCUAAAUCACACACACCGCCGCACAUGACCAGAUUCAUAAAAAUAGAGCUUCAUUACUCCUUUAU